CUGGGAACGUCGAUGAGCACGCGUCUUCUGCUUCAUAAUGUUCGUUUCUCCUCUCCUAGACCGCCCUGCGGGCAAUGGCGGCGCUGUGGAUGUUACAGGUCCAGCGGUGAAGGUGCCCUACAACGCUGACGAGGCUCUAGACGACAUUCCAGCCAUCGCGCGCGCCCUGGACCUUUUUCUCGCGUCGCAGAUGGUGGAGUCGGAGGAUUACUGCUCUAGUGGCGACCCCAACAGGGAACGUAUGUAUUUCUGCAUUGGGUACGGACUCAUCCAAUGCAUAAAGGCAGUAAUGUCCUACGACGACGACGACAUUGUGGCUGCAAUUGGACACGCAAGGCAUGCUACGACGGUGGCUUCGAAGCACCGUAAGGUGUCGUCAUUCACCUCGAAGCUCGCUGGCUACGUCGUUCCUUCCCUUCAUACGACUGGCAUCAGUCUCAUUCAGAGUAUGACCCCGGUCGAGCGCCAUGCAGAGCUCAUUUACGCGGAGAGCAUCUUCGAAAAGUCCAUGCUGGCGGUCAUCUACUCGGGAGAUUGGCUGGCAUUUGCCAAAGAGGCAAUUAAUAUGCGCACCUCGCUUAGCAUUUACCGGUUGCUGUACAAGUAUAUCAAGAGCGUGGAUGAUGCCUCACCAAACGGUUAUGACGACGCUAUUGACGAGCACUUCCGUACAGGCGUCUACCUAGGUGCUGGGGUCGGCAUGCUCGUUCUCAGUCUUCUGCCAUCGAGAGUCAUUGCCAUCGUUGAAAUAUUCGGGUAUCAUGGAGAUCGUCAUGAAGCCCUUGCGAUUCUUGCCAAAGCAGGCGGCUGGACUCGAGAUUCAGACGAACCGACCAUCCCUGCAUCUAAGGAAGGCCUUCGUCGGCCGUUUUGCGACAUGACUCUCGUCGUCUUCCACCUCAUCCUCUCUAGCUUCACUUUUGAAGGAGUUGACGUUCGUAUGGCGGACAAGAUCAUUCGCUGGCACGCGAAACGGUAUCCGAACGGGGUUUUUUUCCUCUUCGGUUCUGGCAGGCUGGCGCUGGUGCAGUCGCGGCCCGAAGAAGCUCUUAAGUAUUAUGCGCGGGCCAUCGAGGUGCAGUCGCAGUACCGUACACUGCAUCACAUCAGCUUUUGGGAGAUGGCUAUAGCGAAUCUCGCGUUGUGGGAUAUCAAGGCCAGUUUGGGGUGCUGGACGGAAUUGGAAAGGGAAGCGACAUGGUCGAAAGCGAUAUACGCAUACGGGAUGGCGGUGUGUCUUUUGGAGACGGGUGGAGACGCGAGACGGCUUAUGGAGAAAGUCCCGGAUUUACGACAGAAGAUUGCGGGGAAGAGUAUCCCGCUGGAGAAGCUCGUUGCAAGGAAGGCGCGCAAGUUUCUCUCGCAGGAUUAUCUUGCGCUUCCAGCGCUGGAGAUGGCGUAUCAAUUUCUCGCUAUCGCACAUGCGCCGAGGGAGGUCGUGGUGACGAAGAUGCUGGUCGAGGUCAAGGCUUGCCUGCAGAGCCUUCGAAGCAAGGACAAGAAGAGGACGCCGGGAUAUUGGGAUGAUUUCUGCCUGGCGAAAUUUCUGGAGGGCGUUUGUAUGAGAUACGUUGCUUACCCAGAUCCCGAUGUUAUACUUCCUCCGAACGCUCCUUCGGUUGAUGAUCUAGCGGGAAUGUCUCAAGACGAAGCUGCCAUCACUUCGAUAUCGGCAUUCGAAGCUGUUUUUGAGGCUGGACCAAAUAUCGAGCUGGAUCACCACAUUGUUUACUAUGCUCAUUAUGAGCUCGGACGCUUGUUGGCGUGUCAGGGUAAGGACGACGAAGCUCGGAAACAAUUCAAUCUCGUUCUUUCGGGUAAACAUCUCGAGGUUGGGCCGUCAGGGAAGAAGGGGAAGUACAGCAUGGAGAAUGCUUUGCAUAUGCGGGCGCAUGCUGCCCAGGAGGCGUUGGGUAAGAGAGCGCUGUGAUGCUUUCAUAGCAUUAUUAUAUCCCAAGGAUUAUGUGCGUUGUCUAGAUAAGCUCAUGGCAUUAGGGGGAUAAUGACAGCUGAGUUGGUGCAUGGCCUGUAUCGUUGAAGCUGGUGUUGUAAGAUGUGGGCAGUAGCUCGGUAAAGUAGCUCGGUACUGCGAAUGAUGUGACGUGACCAGCAGCC